CCGCUUUCCAAGGCUCGUGACUGGAAGGAACACUUCCGAAGGAUCGGUCAAUUGCCGACGGUCAUUCGCCGAACGCUUAUCUGCAGCUACAUUUCUCCAACUUCUCCUCAUUCCCUCUUCUCUCCCUAUUCUUGCUCACGUCUGUUGCUUGAAAAUCGUCCACUUCGUGUGUAUUGCGUCCAAGAUGGGAAAGGUGUUUGAUGCGACUGAGGUCGCAAAGCAUAAUACCCCGGAAAGCUGCUGGGUAAUAUUGUAUGGCAAGGUCUACGAUGUAACAGACUUCAUCUACAAUCACCCUGGUGGAGCUAAGAUUAUCCUGAAGCUGGCUGGCAAAGAUGCCACCGAGGAAUAUGAUCCUAUCCACCCACCGGGCACUCUAGAGGACAACCUCAAGCCCGGAGCCUUGUUGGGUAUAGUCGACCCCAAAACACUUGCUAAGGAACAGGCGAAACCUGCAGCGUCAGAAAAGCAAGAAGAGGGACCGCUUCCUCUCGAAGCACUUCUCAAUAUGGACGAUAUCGAAGCCGCGGCCACCAAACGGGCCAGCAAAAGAGCAUGGGCAUACUACUUCUCCGCAUCCGAUGACAAGGUCACGAAGCGCUUUAAUACUGACGUCUACCGCUCCAUCUUACUCCGGCCAAGAGUAUUCAUCGACUGCACACGUUGCGACCUUGGUAUUUCUGUCCUAGGACACAAAUUGGGGUUGCCCAUUUUUGUAUGUCCUACUGCAAUGGCUCGUUUGGGCCACCCAGCAGGCGAGGCUGGAAUUGCAGAAGCAUGCCGCAGCUUUGGAGCCAUGCAGUUGAUCUCCACCAAUGCGUCCAUGACACCGGAACAGAUCGUGAAAGAUGCAGCUCCAGACCAGGUGUUUGGCUGGCAGUUAUAUGUUCAGAUUGAACGCGAGAAGAGCGAAGCCAUGCUUGCACGGAUCAACAAGCUCAACCCGAUCAAAUUCGUCGUCCUUACAUUGGAUGCGCCGGUUCCGGGCAAAAGAGAAGAUGACGAGCGAAACAACCUUACCAGCACGGCGGCAGAAGCCCCGAGUGGCGCGAAAGACGUCGCGCGUACUGUUGAUGGCACGCCGGAUGUUGAGAAAGGAAGCGGUGGCGUCGGGAAGAUGCUGUUUGCGGGUACGGAUCCUACCCUGACUUGGAAAGAUACCCUUCCGUGGUUGGCCAAACAUACCAACCUACCGAUUAUCCUCAAGGGUAUCCAGUCCCAUGAGGACGCUUAUAUUGCAUCCCUCCAUACGCCUCAAGUGAAGGGGAUAAUUCUUUCCAAUCACGGUGGCCGUGCUUUGGAUACAGCACCCCCUGCUGUGCAUACCCUCUUGGAGAUCCGCAAGUACUGCCCAGAGGUCUUCGAUAAGCUUGACGUAUUCGUUGAUGGUGGUAUCAAACGGGGCACUGAUGUUGUCAAAGCGCUCUGCCUCGGUGCCAAGGCCGUGGGUAUUGGCCGGCCUGCGCUCUGGGGUUUAACCGCCGGUGGUGUUGACGGUGUGAAGCGGACAUUGCAGAUUCUGGCUGAUGAGACGAGCACAUGCAUGCGGUUACUUGGCGUUGAAAGGGUUGAGGACCUAGGGCCGCAACAUAUCAAUACCCGGCUUGUGGAGCAGCAAAUAUACGACGGACCAUCUGGUCUUGAGGACUUACGACAUGCCUUCAAGGCGAAACUUUAGCGGAUUGCAUAGAUUUCCCGAACAUAUAUACCAUACUGUACGUACCGGAUUUAGACCGUAGCUGUUAUUUUCCUUUCUUGGAAGUAGCCACUUUAAUGAGGGCGCCCAGGGCCUUACUCGGCGAGUAUGUCAUAGCACCGAUCAUGGCCCACACUGAGCCUCUCUGGGUUGCCCAUCUCUCAUAACGUGGUAGUCCUAAGUUGCCCAUCCUUUAUUUUGUGAGGGCUGUCACCCUAAUGAAUGCAGGGACACAGAAGCUUGUGCAGGACAGAGCCUAUCUAGGACAGGUGUCUGCAGAUUCCAACGAAGGAAGCGAAAUAUGGUACCAAUGAGCCUGGGACAUGCUCUUGUUGCCUAAUGUUUCCCAUGUCUGUUUCAAUCCCGUUGAUCUUUUAUAUAUAGGCUUUUAUUAUAGAACCAGGGGGAUAUUGAUGGUUCUCCUAUGCCAGCUCCUUCAUAGGCAUAGUAUAGAUAGUUAAUUGGUAUUGUUGCAAAAACCAUCAAAGAACUUGAUACACUGUCA